AUCGUCGCUAACUGUCACAUUGUUACUGGAUAACCAACAGUAAAUGAAUGCACAGUAAAAGUGUCUUUCUAUCUAUGUGAAUGCUCAUGUGAAUUGAGAAACACGACCAACGAACUAACACUGUUACUACGUUUGACUGCCGAAUAUAAUGCUUGAAUUGAAGGCAAAGAAAAAAUGAAACAAACCUCUUUGUUCUAGGCCUGUCUGUGUCCGUGGUGGGUACCAAAAGGCAUCCAGUGAGUGAGUCAGUUGCAGAGAUUAAGAAACAACUUCUUUGGUUGUAAAAUCAGUAUCAUAUUUCAUAAAUCUCACACAUCCCCAGAUCCAAAACUGCCGAGAAACCGCCACCAACAGAACCGCAUGUCGGAGACUUGUGCUCAUUUCAUAGCUCCAGGUUUCCAUAGGUUGCAUUUUGUUAAUUGCAGCAUAAUCCCCAAGAUUAAGAGGAAGAGAAAAUGAGGACAAGGAGUAAAUACAGGAAAUCAACAAACCUGUGCUGUAAUUCUUGGAGCAGGUGUUGUACGCCUGCUGUGUUAUGGAGUUUGAUAGGAUGCCUUCUUUUGCUUCAUUUGUAUUCUUAUAUUCUUCAUGAAGAUAGAGAUGGCAGAUUGUCUCAAUUGCAUGUGACUCAUCAUCCCCAAUUCCGGGAACUUCAACAAUUGGAAGAUGAAGAUGUUCAGAUUCCCCCACCAAGGGGAAAGAGGUCCCCUCGGGCGGCCAAGCGCAGACCUAAAAGGAAAACCACAUUGGUUGAUGAAUUCUUGGAUGAAAAUUCCCAACUUAGACAUGUAUUUUUUCCGGGUCAUAAGAUAGCUCUAGAUCCAAAUCAGGCUGCUGGGAAUGAUAGUAAUUACUACUACCCUGGGAGAAUUUGGUUGGAUACUGAUGGAAAUCCUAUCCAAGCCCAUGGAGGGGGCAUUCUUUAUGAUAAAGGAUCAAGGACAUAUUAUUGGUAUGGUGAAUAUAAAGAUGGGCCCACCUACCAUGUUCACAAGGAAGGACCUGCUCGGGUGGACAUCAUUGGAGUUGGUUGUUAUUCUUCAAAGGAUUUAUGGACCUGGAAACAUGAAGGAAUUGUAUUGGCAGCAGAGGAAACAGAUGAGACCCAUGAUCUGCACAAGUCUAAUGUGCUUGAGAGGCCGAAAGUGAUCUAUAAUGAGAAGACCGGAAAAUAUGUGAUGUGGAUGCAUGUUGAUGAUGGAAACUACACCAAAGCAGCUGUUGGUGUAGCCAUCAGCGAUACACCUGAUGGCCCUUUUGAUUAUCUUGGUAGCCAAAGGCCCCAUGGAUGUGAAAGCAGGGAUAUGACAGUAUUCAAAGAUGAAGAUGGUAUGGCAUAUCUAAUCUACUCCUCCGAAGACAAUAGUGAACUGCACAUUGGUCCCCUAACCGAAGAUUAUCUCAAUGUGACACCUACCAUGAGAAGGAUUCUCGUGGGACAGCACCGAGAAGCACCAGCUCUAUUCAAGCAUCGGGGGACAUACUACAUGAUCACAUCAGGCUGCACAGGUUGGGCCCCUAACGAGGCACUGGCUCAUGCAGCUGAUUCAGUAUUGGGGCCUUGGGAAACAAUAGGAAAUCCAUGCAUUGUGGGAAACAACAUGUUUCGGCUUACAACAUUCUUUGCUCAGAGCACUUUUGUGCUUCCUCUACCUGGGUUCCAAGGUUUAUUUAUAUUCAUGGCCGAUCGAUGGAACCCGGCUGACUUAAGGGAUUCAAGAUAUGUGUGGUUGCCUUUGGUGGUAGCAGGACCUGUUGAUCAGCCUCUGGAGUACACUUUUGAGUUCCCAUUGUGGUCAAGAGUGUCUAUUUACUGGCAUAGAAAAUGGAGACUGCCUCAGGGUUGGACCGGACUCAAAUUAUUUAUGUAGCUUUGUACAUUUCCAGUCAUAUAUAAAGUCUCAAUACAUAUAUAUAUAUCUUACGGAGUUGCAUGUCAAGCACUUGCCGAGAGAGUUGACACACCAAUUCCAAGAAUCGGACACAGAUACUUCAACCUGCUUAACACAGUCUUAGUUUAGGGUAUGUUGAGUUUAAUCUGAGGGAGCAUAUUUGUAUAUUGAGAAAGAUUAUCCACUUGAUUGGUAUUUCUUUUUACGAAUAACCCGUCAUUGUUGAUCGAGUGUGCCAUGGCAUUGUGUAAUACUUUGUGCAAACUAUUCUUUUAUUCUGUAGUAUACUUUAUGCUGACUUUUUCUUGUCCAA